GGGGCGGUGACACGGCCGCGCCCAGCCCCUGUCGUGGUCCCCUACGCCUCACCCGCUGGCGUCACGGAGCCCGAGCUCCGCCCAAGGUGUUAAAUUAACUCCUCAGUGCGCCGCGUUCCGCGCCGCCGCUCCCGACUUUCGCGCCGACUCGGCUUCCUGGUUGCGGACGCAGCGGAGUCGCGGCACCGGGCGUCUGUCCCGCGCGCCAUGAGCCCCACGCGGCCGAGCGUGCUGCCCGCAGUGCUGCGCCUGCUGUCCCUGCUGCCCCUGCUGCUGCCGACUCCUCCGGGUGUCCGGGGUGACUGCGGCCCUCCGCCAGAAGUGCCUAAUGCCCAGCCAAUUCUUGGAGGGAGUACCAGUUUUCCUGAGAAAACCGCAAUAACAUAUAAAUGCAACGAAGGCUUUGUCAAAAUUCCUGGGAACCCAGACUCAGUGGUCUGUCUGUCCAACAAUCAAUGGUCAGAGUUUAUAGAAUUCUGUAAUCGUAGCUGUGAUGUUCCAACCAGGCUACUUUUUGCAUCCCUCAAAAAGGAUUAUAAUAUGCAGAAUUAUUUCCCAGUUGGUUCCACUGUGGAAUAUGAGUGCCGACCUGGAUACAUAAGGAACCCUUUUCAGUCUGUAAAACUAACUUGCCUUCAGAAUUUAACAUGGUCCAAAGCAGCUGAAUUUUGUAAAAAAAAAUCAUGUCCUAAUCCUGGAGAACUACGAAAUGGUGAUAUCAAUAUCACAACUGGCCUAUUUUAUGGUUCGCCAAUCUUCUUCUCAUGUCACACAGGGUAUAGAUUAGUUGGCGAAUCUUCUAGUUACUGUACUCUUUUUGACAGAACUCUUAAAUGGAGUGAACCAUUGCCAGAGUGCGUAGAAAUUUACUGUCCAGAACCAAUCCAGAUUGACAAUGGCUAUAUUCAAGAGGAACAGGAAGUUUACGUAUAUAGACAGUCUAUAACAUAUGGAUGUAAUAAAGGAUUCAACCUGGUUGGAAAGAGCUCCAUUUAUUGUACUGUCACAGAAGACGAAGGAGAAUGGAGUGACCCACCACCUCAGUGCAUAGGAAAAUCCUCAGGUUACAAGCCUUCACCGACAGCUCAGAAGCCCACCACAGUCAGUGUCCCAGGUACAAGAGCACCAUCAACACCCCAGAAGCCCACCACAACCAGUGUACCAGGUACAAAGGCCUCACCAACACCUCAGAAAACCACCACAGUAAAUAUUCCAGCUACAAGAGCCCCACCAACACCUCAGAAGCCCACCACAAUCAAUGCACCAGCUACACAGCGCCCAUCUGUUCCCAAAGCAACCACAAGUUUUCAUACAACAAGAGUAACGGAAAGAAAAGAAACUUCUCCUUCAGGUGCUGUCAGUCUUAUAUAUGGUAAGUUUGGCUCCCAGACAGUUAAAAGAAAUUGCCAUCACUGUGGGAUGUACAACCCAUAUUCCUGGAAGAGAAUAUUACCUUUUAACUGUCUUAGAAAAACUAUCAAAAUGCAGUGUUUAGGGGUACCUAAGAGAAAAUGGGUAAAUGCAUUUUAUCAACAUGUUGUGUGGACACCAUUAGGUACUCGAUACGUUCCUGUGUAUUCCAAGUCAUGCUCUUGUUCCAAGGUAAUUUUAAGACAACUUCAGAUCACAAGGCCAAUCAAUCAAGUAGUAUUGCGUGCCCACUGUCUCAGAGCCUCAUUCUAGGAACUUACAAGAUGGAAAGGAAACAAUUAUAAAUCAGUUUGUAUCCUCAAGUGUUUGUCAAUUGAUCAUAAAUUACUUUUUUUACCAUUUUUAGAUCUCUGUUCUAUUCCAGAUGAGACAAAAAGUGCUACCUUUGAUAACAUAUUUGUCUUUUCCUCUUCUCUGUCAUUUGAAGCAAAGUUCUUUUAAAAAACUGUUCUGUUGCUGUGCAGACAUGAGGCCAAAAACAUCUGCGUUGCAGUUUAUUCUGGCAUUUGGUACAGUAUUUUCUUUGUAUAGACAUAUUUGAUGUUAUACAUUAACAAAAAAUCAAUAAACUAUAAAGAUGGUAAGAGAAAUGUUAAGAAACAAUACAGCUAGAUUUAUAUACUGAUAAGAAUGUUCAAGUGACAAUACACUUUUACUUUUAAAAAAGUGUUUAUUUUUAUAUUAUGUACUUUUUAGCAAAGUUCCCUGUCUUAUAUAUGCAUGAAUUAUCAAGGGACAAUAAACCUGAAAACAGAUAUUUUGUUAUUA